GGGGCCGACGCGGGCCGGGGGCGGGGCGCGCCGCUAGUCUCCAGCGAGAGCCGCGGGGGCAGGGGAGCUGGAGCGGGAGCUGAAGCCGGAGCCCAGGCUGGAGUCGGGGCUGGGGCCGUGCAGGAGCGGGCUCCAGCGACAUGGGGUCGACCGACUCCAAGCUGAACUUCCGGAAGGCGGUGAUCCAGCUCACUACCAAGACGCAGCCCGUGGAAGCCACCGAUGAUGCCUUUUGGGACCAGUUCUGGGCAGACACAGCCACCUCAGUGCAGGAUGUGUUUGCACUGGUGCCAGCAGCGGAGAUCCGGGCUGUGCGGGAAGAGUCCCCCUCCAACUUGGCCACCCUGUGCUACAAGGCCGUGGAGAAGCUGGUGCAGGGAGCGGAGAGCGGCUGCCAUUCGGAGAAGGAGAAGCAGAUCGUCCUGAACUGCAGCCGGCUGCUCACCCGUGUGCUGCCCUACAUCUUCGAGGAUCCCGACUGGAGGGGCUUCUUCUGGUCCACAGUGCCUGGGGCAGGACGAGGAGGGCAGGGAGAAGACGAUGACGAGAAUGCCAGGCCCCUGGCUGAGUCCCUGCUCCUGGCCAUUGCUGACCUGCUGUUCUGCCCGGACUUCACGGUCCAGAGCCACCGGAGGAGCACUGUGGACUCGGCAGAGGACGUCCACUCCCUGGACAGCUGCGAAUACAUCUGGGAGGCUGGUGUGGGCUUCGCUCACUCCCCCCAGCCCAACUACAUCCACGACAUGAACCGGAUGGAGCUUCUGAAACUGCUGCUGACGUGCUUCUCCGAGGCCAUGUAUCUGCCCCCAGCUCCGGAAAGUGGCAGCACCAACCCAUGGGUUCAGUUCUUUUGUUCCACGGAGAACAGACAUGCCCUCCCCCUCUUCACCUCUCUCCUCAACACCGUGUGUGCCUAUGACCCUGUGGGCUACGGGAUCCCCUACAAUCACCUGCUCUUCUCUGACUACCGGGAACCCCUGGUGGAGGAGGCUGCCCAGGUGCUCAUUGUCACCUUGGACCACGACAGCGCCAGCAGUGCCAGCCCCACUGUGGACGGCACCACCACGGGCACCGCUAUGGAUGAUGCCGACCCUCCAGGCCCCGAGAAUCUGUUUGUGAACUACCUGUCCCGAAUCCACCGUGAGGAGGACUUCCAGUUCAUCCUCAAGGGCAUAGCCCGGCUGCUGUCCAACCCCCUGCUCCAGACCUACCUGCCCAACUCCACCAAGAAGAUCCAGUUCCACCAGGAGCUGCUAGUUCUCUUCUGGAAGCUCUGUGACUUCAACAAGAAAUUCCUCUUCUUCGUGUUGAAGAGCAGUGACGUCCUAGAUAUCCUUGUCCCCAUCCUCUUCUUCCUCAACGACGCCCGGGCCGAUCAGUCUCGGGUGGGCCUGAUGCACAUUGGCGUCUUCAUCCUGCUGCUUCUGAGCGGGGAGCGGAACUUCGGGGUGCGGCUGAACAAGCCCUACUCGGUGCGCGUGCCCAUGGACAUCCCUGUCUUCACGGGGACCCACGCCGACCUGCUCAUUGUGGUGUUCCACAAGAUCAUCACCAGCGGGCACCAGCGGCUGCAGCCCCUCUUCGACUGCCUGCUCACCAUUGUGGUCAACGUGUCCCCCUACCUCAAGAGCCUGUCCAUGGUGACUGCCAACAAGUUGCUGCACCUGCUGGAGGCCUUCUCCACCACCUGGUUCCUCUUCUCUGCUGCCCAGAACCACCACCUGGUCUUCUUCCUCCUGGAGGUCUUCAACAACAUCAUCCAGUACCAGUUUGAUGGCAACUCCAACCUGGUCUAUGCCAUCAUCCGAAAGCGCAGCGUCUUCCACCAGCUGGCCAACCUGCCCACGGACCUGCCCACCAUCCACAAGGCCCUGCAGCGGCGCCGUCGGACACCUGAGCCCCUGUCCCGUACCGGCUCACAGGAGGGCACCUCCAUGGAGGGCUCCCGCCCUGCCGCCCCUGCAGAGCCUGGCACUCUCAAGACCAGCCUGGUGGCCACUCCAGGCAUUGACAAGCUGACUGAGAAGUCCCAGGUGUCAGAGGAUGGCACCUUGAGGUCCCUGGAGCCUGAGCCCCAGCAGAGCUCGGAGGACGGCAGCCCGGCCAAGGGGGAGUCCAGCCAGGCAUGGAGGGAGCAGCGGCGACUGUCCAGCUCAUCAGCCAGUGGGCAGUGGAGCCCAACGCCGGAAUGGGUCCUGUCCUGGAAGUCGAAGCUGCCACUGCAGACCAUCAUGAGGCUUCUGCAGGUGCUGGUUCCGCAGGUGGAGAAGAUCUGCAUUGACAAGGGCCUGACGGAUGAGUCUGAGAUCCUACGGUUCCUGCAACAUGGCACUCUGGUGGGGCUGCUACCCGUGCCCCACCCCAUCCUCAUCCGCAAGUACCAGGCCAACUCGGGCACUGCCAUGUGGUUCCGAACCUACAUGUGGGGCGUCAUCUAUCUGAGGAAUGUGGACCCCCCUGUCUGGUAUGACACCGACGUGAAGCUGUUUGAGAUACAGCGGGUGUGAGGAUGGAGUCGGCGAGGCACUCAGUCUAGGGGAGGGUGGGGCCCUGGUCCCUAAGGCUUCCCCCACCCACCAUUCUGAGCUUUAAAUGACCACGAUCAGGGCCUGGGACAGGCAGAGUGGCCGAGUCCUGAGUGUCAGGCCCCAGAGACUCCUGUGACCAGGACAAUGUGGACCAGCUCUGAUCCCCUCAGCCCUCAGGACCAGCUCUGAUCCCCUCAGCUGGACUCACAGGAGCCCCAUCUCUGGGGCUAUGCCCCCGCCAGAGACCACGCUCCCAACACUUGGACUCCUUCCUCUUUUUUUUUUUUUUUUUUUUUUUUGAGACGGAGUUUUGCUCAUUACCCAGGCUGGAGUGCAAUGGCGCAAUCUCAGCUCACCGCAACCUCCGCCUCCUGGGAUCAGGCAAUGCUCCUGCCUCAGCCUCCCGAGUAGCUGGAAUUACAGGCACGAGCCACCAUGCCCAGCUAAGUUUUUGUAUUUUUAGUAGAGACGGGGUUUCACCAUGUUGGUCAGGCUGGUCUUGAACUCCCGACCUCAGGUGAUCUGCCCGCCUUGGCCUCCAAAGUGCUUGGAUUACAGGCGUGAGCCACCACACCUGGCCCGGACUCCCUCUUCAAGAACUGGCUCAGCGCUGUCCCUCAGUGCGCUCCCACCUAGUGUGCUCCCAUUCCUAUGCUGCCCAGCCCCAGAGGCAGAAGCCACUGGGUCACUGUGCCCUAGGGGUUUGACCAACGAACCAUGGGCUGUCCCUUGAGGGGCCUGGGCAGGGUGAGGGGUGCUUGAGCCGGCUGUUCCAGGCUCCAGGGGAAAGAGAUGUGGCCAGGCUGCUCCUCAAGGAGGCUUGGAGCUGGCUGACCGCAAAAGCCAGGCUGGGGCACCUCCAGUACCCUUGGCGUGUGGUGUUGGGUGGUGAGGGGCUUCUGCUGUAUUCUCCUGGAUCUCUCUUACCCAGUAAUAGGGGGCAGGGAAGAGAACUGGGGGCAGCCGUUUAGUCCUCCCUGCCCUGCCCACUGUGGAUGGGGCGAUGCCACUCCUCAUCCUGCACCCUGGCUCAGACCUCUGGGUCCUGCCCCCCAACCCCUGUGUCAGAACAAUCUUUGCUCUGUACAAUCGGCCUCUUUACAAUAAAACCUCCCACUCCA